UGUGUGUCAGUUUCGCUGGGACCCGCGGUCGAUGCCGGCGAGGAGGGGGAUGGGCGCCUCUGCGAAUGUAAGGACCGAGACAGAAUCAGAGCUCUGUAUCACAUACAGCAGCUUAUGCCCCAUUAUAAAUAGCGAUUGUAAAUAUACAAGACACUAAAAUAAACUGAUGUAUUUGCCGGGGAGCUGAUAUAGAUACUCAAUGGAUGCAGUGCACGUGAACAGCACAGGGAAUUUAACUUUCCGUCUAUGCGUGGGAGACCCUGAGAAGUUUGUUUCCUAACCCUGGAGAGGGAGCCACUUAUAAGGGCAAAGGAUACAGGAGACUCCGAGGCCGAUAUACAGGCCUACUGGUCUGAUUGGAAUUGAUGUUGGGAUGCUCUAAGGACUUCCUACUUUACAUUAUAUUACCUCGUUUAUACAAGUUUGGAAUGCCUCUUUAGGUCCCCCAUGACCGUGAGCCGUGGGCUACGGCUCGGCGGCACCCCACCUCUGGAGUGGUCUGUUGCUGUAAUUGGGACCCUGUGAUUCCUCGCUUCACCUCUCCUCCUUCCCCUAUCCCAUCCUGUCCCCCCCCUUCCCCUCCCCUUCCUCCCCCCUCUUCCCCCCCUCCCACGCGUCGCUGUGCUGGACGUCAUGAGCAUAGUAAUCGCUCUGGGAGUCACCACACCUGAAACGUCUUAUUCAGAUAUGGCUGCUGGAUCAGACCCUGAGUCAGUUGAAGCAAGCCCUGCAGUGAAUGAGAAAAACUACAACAACCACAGCUGUGGGAGCGCACAGAGUCAUGGGUAUCGGGGGCUACCAUAUGCUAUGCAACAGUCUUCCGUUGUGUGUUGUCAGGAUCACAACUAUGGCGCGCCCCCUCCCCCAACCCCACCCGCCUCCCCGCUCUCUCAAACCAUCAUUCCCCGUAUGGAUCUCAACGGCGUGGUACGCAGCUCUCACUAUCACGAUACUGCUGAGGACAACUCGGCCGACAGCGACAGCUCCUCAGAGGAGGACGGGGCCUCCUGGUGUCACUGCAACCUGACGCCGGACGGCCUGCUCAUCAAAUGCGACAACUGCAGGGGACUGGACAGAAGGAAAGGAGUAAAAGGCCAACACAGGAAGAAAACAGAAAAUGUCUCAGCUGGAGAGAGUAGCGCAACAGAGAGUGGUGAUGAAGAGGUGUCACCCUCCACCAUCUCCUAUACUGCCACCCAGCACACACCAACCAGCAUCAAACUCACUGUCAACAGAGUCAAAAGGAGCAAAUCCAAAAAGAGGAAGAAGAGCACAGAGAAGGCCCGUGGAGCACAGAAGGCCAAGAAGAUUAAAAACUCUACCACAGAGGCUAGUGUGUUGGAUGAGAACACAGAAGAGGGAUGGGAGAGCAGGAUCCGCCAGUGGACAGACCAGUAUGAGGAGGCUCUUGCCAACCAGUACAGCGCAGAUGUGCAGACACUGCUCCAGCUUCACCGAUCAACCAGUACCACCAUCUCAAAGGGCGAAAGUGGUGCCACGACACCUGCUUCAACCACACAGAUACAUGCCUCAAUGGAUUCUAUGGACACCAUCAACCGCACUGAGCUGACCUGUAACAACACGGUUUUGGGCUCACAGAUGCAGGAGAGACUGACAGAUGAAGUUAAGGUGGAAGAGGGGGACGAAGGAGAAGUUGAUGAAAAUGGGGUCAUCUCCAAUAAAAAAUCUCUGAACAUCCUCGAAAGGAGGAGGAGAAGAAUAGGAGGAGCUGAAGUCAAGGAGGAGGGUUUAGAAACUGAGGAUGGGGCAGGAAACCCCACAGGGAACUCCUCCAUCCCCCAACACACUGGAGUUGGGAUCAGCACGCGACGCACCACCUAUGUUGUGGAAGCACCAUCUAUUGAAGAAAAACCCUCCCUCCCCAUCCCGCCUGCCCCUGUUGCUCCCCCUAAACCCAUAAAACCCACCAAGCCUCGUCCUAAGAGUCGAAUAUCUCGCUACCGCUCAAGCUCAUCCCAGCGUGCCCGACGGCAACGCCAAGCCCUCGCCCAACAAGCUGCAGCAGCUGCAGCAGCAGCGAGGGCAACAACACCAACAUCAGCAGAUCAGGGUGCUGCUGUGGACGAGGAGGGAAGUCAGGGUGCAUACGGUGCUGAACACAGCCACGGGGAGAACAGCCUGGGCGGUCCUCUUGUAGAUGGAGAUGGCCAAGGCCUUAACUGCAUGAACAGAGGCAAUCUGCGGUACCCCAAGACCAAGAAGUACCUGGUGACAGAAUGGCUAAACGACAAAAUUCCUGGAGGAGAGAGAAUCCACCAGGAGGUGCCUGUUGAGCGCCCACUGCGGAUAACCACUGACCCCACAGUUCUAGCCACCACGCUGAACAUGCUUCCAGGUCUCUCUCAGUCAUCACUCAUCUGCACCACACCCAGACACUACAUCCGCUUCGGUUCCCCGUUCAACCCUGAGAGACGCCGGCCUCGUCCGCUCCAAAUGGAUGGCACUUACGGCUGCUACAAAAAGAACAUAUCAUCCCCUGAGGCGUCUCCUGUCCAUCGUCCCGAGUCCAUAUCCCCUGAGCCAUGUCUUCAGACAGACUUCGAUGCCUCUCGGCUGCAGUUCCCAGACCUGUCACUCCCCUCCAACAUGGAGAGCCCUGUUGCCAUGACCUCGGAUGAUUUUUCCCAAUCUGGAGCAGGCCAAGAUUCGCAGGGCCCAUCUUCUGUAGGGACCAGUUCCCUAAACCCACUGUCAGACAUAAACCCCCAAAACAGGGAGCAGGCCUUCAGGACAGAGUUCAACCUCAUAUAUACCUGCUCUCCCCUCAACGCCAACCUGGGCAACCCGACAGCCACCGACCGACGCCUCUCCCAGUCAGAAGGGGGAUUCUCACCUGCAGAUUCCUUCCACGGUUCGAUAAGCGGCCAGGGCCUGUUUGGAGAAGUGGGCCCCGGGUCCAUGUCACCGUUUGGAGAGCCCCAUUUUGGAGGAGGCUACCCUGACAAUGGCACACCGCCUCACACCAGCAAUCCACCACAAAAAAAGAAGGUGUCUUUGCUGGAAUACCGCAAGAGGAAGCAGGGCAGCGGUCGUGACUCGGAGCCAGCCAGCAGCAGCUCCUCUCUGGGUGGCACUUCCAUACAGCCUGCCUCCCACUACAACAAGGAGUCCCAUCAUCCUCAUAACCAUCAGCAGAUGCCGCUUCCAGCAUCUCCACACAGCACCUUCUCAUCCUCAGCACACUCCACCUCAGUCCCACACGUAGAGGAAGUCAGUCCUCCGGAGCAGCAGGGCUUGUCAGUGCAGUCCAGACGCCAGGACAGCAACAACCAGUGGAUGGUCCCCACUACUGUUGAGCGUCUGAGGGAAGGCCAGGGGGUUCUAGAGCGAGUGCUGAGAAGCUUCAAGGUGGACCGGAGUUACAAGAGGAGUGAAGGCUCCAUAGAGAAGGAAUCUGAUGUAGAUCGAUAUGAGAUGCAGGCAGCGUCCAUGGCUCCUUCCACGAAGAGUCCACACAGAUACAGCCCCUCUGUUUACUCUCACCAGGCCACAGAGAGCCACAGACAGACUGACAGCCCGAUGUUCCUCCAGCAGACCUCCAGCUCGCCAUUCCGGUGUUCCUACAGCCCGUCAUCAGGCCAGAACGUCUACCAGCGCCUCUCCUCUUCCCACCAAGGACACGCCCAGGACCACCCCCCAGCCUCAUACUCAAGUCCCACCCCCACUUCCUCAACAGACUCCAGGCCAGCGACAGGCUCGCUUCACCAGCAGAGUGGUAGCAGUAGCGCGGACGGAGGCUACAGCAGCAGCCACUUAAAAGCCAGCCUUUUGAACAGCAGCGGCCUGGUGGGGGCUCCUACCCCAGGAUCCCGGGUCCAUGGGCAGACUAAAACAGACUCUGGUGCGCAGGCCUCCAAAGGGAGUCAGCAUCAGGCACCUCGCAGCCUGAAGUCAGGCAGCCCAGGUCAGGCAGUGCUGCAGGCUAGCCCCAGACUGCUGUCGGCCUCCGGACCGACACACUACCCCCAGCGAGGGACGAACCUCAGUCAGUUCCAGCACUCUUCCCUCCAGGGAUCCGGAGUAAGGACACAGUCAGGAAGCUUUUAGGACCUUGUUUGUGUGUGUGUGUUUGUGUGUGUGUGCGCGCGAGUGUGAGCUGUGCAUCUCCUCAACCCCUGAGGCUGCAGUACAACAGGGAUCAGGAGUUUGGGGAGGGCAAAUGUACAGACCUAAGAAGAACAAGGACUUGUUUGAGAAUUUGUCCCAUAUUAUUUUUUGUCUUUUCUUUUCUUUCUUUUCAGAAGAAUAAAAAAAUAAUUAGCACAUCCUGCACAAAGAUGAAUCAUUGACUUUGGACAUUAUUAGCGAAUCAGAGGGAAAAGUGAUUCGGACGACACGUUCAGAGAAAAAGAAAAACAAAGAAAUCAUAUGUAAGUUGAAAUUGUUCCUCGAGAGGCUCGAUAAUGUCAGAAAUGAAAACCUUCCACACAAAUGUCUGUACAAAGUUCUACCACACCUGUGGUCACUGUGGUAUCCAGGUUGGAGAAAUGCUGAAAUGCAUAUGUAACUAAAAGCAAGAGUUAUAGUUUAAAUUGUUUGUUUUGGUCGAGGUUACCUGAUUCGGCGAGUGGCCGAGUCUGUGCUGCAGUAAUUGUUUCAUUUGGUAAGGGGGGAAGACGACCUGUUAAUCAUCCGUUAUAUAGAUGCAUUAGAGAGACGGGGAGUUUGAGCUCUCCCUGAAAACUAGGAUCAUUCCAUAGAAAUACCAGCUUCCGUUUUCUCAAACAUGAAACCAGCCCAUUUCCCCCCAGCGACCCAGCCUUGGUGUUAUCUUCUGUUCUCUCACCUCACUGGACUGUUUUGGUUUCACUUUAGGACUGCUCUGAUAUUAUACUUGAGAAAUACAGCUCUUUGAUUCAUGGUGCUGCAUGUUUUGUUUUGUUUGUAUUUGUUAUAAGUUUAUAAUCCAGUUAUGUUCCACCCCACAAGGCUGCAUUCAUUGUUUUUGUUCUCCAAAUCUACACACUCGUGCAGGAAAAAGAAGUUUAUUAGUGGGGCUAUAUUUCUAAGCCAAGCUGUUGGGUUUUCAUAUUGCAGAGUUUGUUUGUUUUUCCUCUUGUCUGACCAAUCGUUGCAUUCCGUGUGACGCUGAGGGGAAUCAGGGGCGAGGAUCUCCGAGGGAGGUGAAAAAAAAGCUGCUAUCCUCUCCUGUUGGAGCUGCUUCCCUUUCCACAGAAUGCUGUAUUUUGUUUGAAUUUUUUCCCUUUUAAUUACCAACACAUACUGACUUGUGAAGAAAGCGACGGUCCCCCGUCGGCCGCAGCAGGACCUAAGACUAAUGUCAAGGCGACAAGGGUGGCCGCCUGCUCCCUCACGUUUUCAUUUAGGACCGGAUGUGGGGGGGAAUGGCCGCGUUUGCGUGGACGACUUCAAGGACCGAGGGGACCAGUUGUGCAACUGGACACCACCACACACCCACCACUACAACUCACCACCCUCUCCCCUCACUAACACACAGGAGGGUACUCAUUUUACAUGAAUGUUUGACAGAUAUGGAAAAAAAUAAAAGUUGUGACCCAAAAUUAACCAGCACCUUAAACUGAAAGAGAUACGACCUAAAAACACAAUAGGACAUUAUGUAUGAUUAUGUGUACUUGUAUAGAAAGAAAUGUGAUAUAGACUUGUAUGGAGAAAAUAUCGUACACUGAAUUUACCGCAUGAUCUUUGUUUGUAGGGUCUGAGUGACCACCUUUUGUCAGAUGGAUGGAAGCGAAUCAUUGGGUCUGUUCUGGGGUUCCUCCAAAAACCAGGCGCUGCGUUUUUUCUGUUGUUUUUGUAAAGAUCCUUCUGUUGGUUUGCUUUUAUUUUUACACAGAUCAUAGUAGUAACUAUUUCAAUUGUUCUCCUCCAGAAGAUUUAAAAAGCAAGAGAUGUAAUGCAUUUUGAUAAUAAAACAAUCAUGAUGGUAAUGUAUUUUGAAAACUACCAUUGUGAUGGCAUCUGA